AUGGCCAACAACACCCAAACCCUGCGAUUUAGUGCAGACGGUGAAUUCAAGAUCUCAAUCUUCUCAGACUUGCACUAUGGAGAAUCCCAAGCCUCCGUCGGCCCCGAAAACGACGCCCACACAAGCAACGUCAUGACCUCAAUCCUGAACACCGAACACCCCCAGCUCGUCGUGCUAAACGGGGACCUGAUCACCGGCGAAGCAACCAGCCGGUCCAAUUCCAGCGCAUACAUGGAUCGAAUUAUGGCGCCGCUUAUCGACCAGGAUGUCCCCUGGGCUUCUACGUAUGGAAACCAUGAAAGCGCGAGCAGUCUAUGUCCGCGGGAUGUUUUUCAGAGGGAAUCAGAUCGUCGGGAUAGUCUUACCCAGAGUAUGGUUUCGGAUUCUGGGGCUGGGUAUACGAAUUAUUUCCUGCCAGUAUUUCCGCAGAACUCAGAGGAAGUCCCGGAGGUGAUUCUGUGGUUUUUUGAUACCAGGGGUGGAACUUCCUGUCCGGAUGCAGAGGGAUCUGGUACAAGGCCGGAUUGGGUUGAUCAGUCUGUAAUUGAAUGGUUCAACGAGACACAUUCAGAGCUGGUGGGCAGAUACGGAAGGACGAUACCGUCACUCGCCUUCUUCCACAUACCCACAUAUGCAGCCCGGGCGUUCCAGGAUGCCGGUUUAGACGGCCGCACUGAGCCGGGGAUUAAUGACGAUGUGCCAGUCAAGCAACAGGGCUAUUUAUGGGAUGGUGAGGAGUACACGGGGCGAGAUAUUCCCUUCAUGCAGGCAUUGCUGGCGACGGAAGGAUUGAUUGCUUCGUUUAGCGGCCAUGACCAUGGGAAUGAUUGGUAA